CCUUUCCUUCUUCUUUACCUUGUCCCACAUCCAACGCAUCGUCCACUGAUGAACAAACACAUGAGCCAAAAGCAUUACGUACUAUUCCGAUGGAUUCGUAUCUAUCUUGACUGCUGUUGUUGCUCUUCCUCUGCUCCUCCGUCUCCCCUUCCCCUCAUUCUCAUCUCCUCAUCUCGUCCAUUGUGUCGCGUCGCCUGGUAUACAUCCGCAUGCAUCCAACCUCCAGUGAGUGCUCCGCCCCUGCCGGGAGACCUUGUUUACCGCGGAGGGUAGCAAGAAUCAUGAAGUUCCCUGUCAAUCAGAGCAGGAUGCAUCGAAUCCACUGAUCGACCUGAUUAUAAAUUCGUCUUCUUCCAACCCGGGAGCAGUGAGCCAGUGACGCAUCUGGCCUCUGGUGUGCCGCUGCCGCCGCUUCCGCUUCCUUGUCACCUCCGACGAGGGCGCCCCCGCUGUGUUCUGCUCUGCCGUGAAGCACCAAAGGUUUCCAGCUGAUCGGUCAUGGAGGUCGUCACAGGUGCCAUGGGCAGCCUACUCCCCAAGCUAGGCCAGCUGCUCAUGGAUGAGUACAACUUGCACAAGCGCGUCAAAAAAGAUGUCGAGUUCCUCUGGAAGGAGCUUGAGAGCAUGCACGCUGCCCUCAUCAAGGUUGGCGAGGUGCCGCGGGACCAGCUCGACAGGCAAGUCAAGCUUUGGGCCGACGAGGUCAGAGAGCUCUCCUAUAACAUGGAGGAUGUCGUCGACAAGUUCCUCGUACGUGUCGAAGGUAUACAGCAGCCUCACGACAACACCAGCAGAUUCAAGGAGCUCAAGAACAAGAUGAUCUACUUGUUCAAGAAGGGCAAGAAUCACCAUCGAAUAGCUGGCGCCAUCAAGGAAAUCAAGGAGCAACUCCAGGAGGUGGCUGCUAGGCGUGGCAGGAACAAGCUCGAUGAGGUGAUGCAACACCCUCAGGCUAUCCAGAUGCAUGAGGGGAUGCUUCACAUCCGCGAUGUGCAAGGUCCCAAGGGGACAGGAACCGUGGAGGCCAUACUUGAGGCUAUGGAGAAGGAGGUCUUUUGGCAAGCCGCGUCCCGGCUAACCGCCGCCCGCAUGCGCCUGCUGAAUCAGCAUCCCGGCUUUGCUGGCCGCCGUCGUGGUCCGCCUGCUGAAUCAGCAUCCCCGGCUCGGCUGGCUGCCGCUGUGGUCCGCCUGCUCGACCUAGUCGCACAGCAGUUCGGUGGGGACGGGAUCCUCCGCGGCGUCGUCCUCACUGGUCUAAGAUGCGGAGCCUAG